AAGUCCAACAACUGUUCUUGAUGAACAGGGACCCCCUGUGUUAGGAGGGUCUGUUGCAGAGCGGGUCCAACAGUCCGUCAUCAAGCAGUAGAGACACACAGGUCGGGGCUACAGACACGUUUGUCUGUAGUAAGUCUGUCACCAAAGACUGAAAAUGUCAGAAUAUGAGGCAGUAUUGACAGGCUUGCGGCCAUUUGGACCAUACCAAAUACGGGUUUUCAUACUGGUGUCUGCGUUUGAGACCCCUCUGGCCUGGGCAAUGUUACUGCCGAUAUUCACGUCCGCCAAGCCGCCCUGGACAUGUGGAUCGGUCAGUAUGGACACGGGAUAUUCAGUCAACUCCACAUCGCUCAGGGCAUCCAAUUCAUCUAAUGUGUCAGCGGUGGAAGCAGCAGCAUGUCUACCCAGUGGGCAGCUUUGUCCUGGGAUGAGGUUCUCUGAUGAAUUCACAUCCAUUCUAAGUGAAUGGGGCUUGGUGUGUUCUCGGAGCUACAUUCCCAACCUCAUCACAUCGAUACAGAUGGUGGGUGUCCUGGUGGGAGCGGUGGCCACUGGUCAACUGGCGGACCUGCUGGGCCGCAAGAAGAUGCUGUUUGUGGAGUAUACCCUGCUGCUGGUUGUGUGGUUUGGUAGCGCCUUCGCCAACUCCUGGGAACUGUAUGCAGCCUUCCGCUUCAUCGUGGGGGCUCUUGUUGGAGGAACGCUAGUGGUCAACUUUGUUCUGCCGCUGGAGUUCGUCACGCCGGCCUGGAGAACGUUCUGUGGCUGCAUCGGGUUUUGGGCAGUGGGCCUCAUGACCCUGGCGUUGUGGGCAUUCUUCAUGCGCGACUGGCGCCACCUCACUAUGGCAACAUCGGCAUCAGGUGUCUUCUUACUCUUUACAUGGUGGUUCAUACCUGAAAGUCCAAGAUGGCUCCUAAGUCAGGGAAGAUUCAAAGACGCCGAAAGGAUUUUGACAGCCAUGGCAGCAACCAACAAGCGCCCAUUACCUGACCUUUCCCCUCUCCAACUCUUUGUUGAGAGGGAACACAGAAAAGUUGCAGAACAGAAGAAAUAUUCUUACUUUCAUUUAUGCAGUUCCUGGAAGUUGACUCGAGGGUCUCUCUUCCUCAUGUAUGGAUGGUUUGUGUCAAGCUCUGUAUACUAUGGUCUCAAUUUCAACUCCAAGAACCUCUCAGGAGAUCGCUAUCUGAAUGUCUUCCUGUCUGGCUUGGUGGAGAUCCCUGCUCUCAUAUUUGUUGCCCUGGUCAACAACAGUCUCGGUCGACGGAAGACCACCACUCUCCUGAUAAUGAUGGCUGGAGUUUUCUGCUUCUCCAUCCUCAUCCUAGAUGUCGCUGAUGUCAAGCUGACGUCACUGACUUUAGUGUUUGCCCUGCUCGGCAAGGCUGGUAUAUCUGGGGGCUGGGCGGCAGUGCAGGUCUUCUCAGCAGAAACAUUCCCAACUGUAGUCAGAAAUAUUGGCAUUGGAGCAUGUUCCAUGGCAGCAAGGAUCGGAGGGAUAGUUGCCCCACAGAUUGUUUUCUUGGGAGACAUACACAAGCCAGUUCCCUUUGCAGUGUUUGGGGUUCUGUCCCUGGUGUGUGGUGUUCUCAUGAUGUUUAUGUCCGAGACCGCCGGGGCUCCUCUCCCUGACCAGCUCCAUGUGUCCACGACUCUCUCAAUCAAUCGCACAGUGCUUGCUCAGGAUGCUGACCAGAACAGAACACUGACAGAACAUCAGCCACUUGCCGAAGUUAACAUGGAAAACUGUUUUAGUGCUGGCCGAGAAGUGUGAUAGUCAUGGAACCUGUCCAGCCUAUUAUUCAAUGGACUACAGACACCUACAGUCGAACCUCGUUGUGUCAAACUCAUGGGGGCCUGGAUCUUGGGCUCGAAACAUCAGCACGAUCAGGGGAACUUUAUGCUUGAUUUCGAUACCUAGGACUCCAAAAUGAGUUCGAGAAAACUGGGAAUUUGACACAUCCAAGUUCAACAAAAAAAUAUUUGACUGUGUGUUGUAUUAUUUAUUAUAUUUUUAACCCUUCCUGCAGUACUACCAGUACAAAAAAACACGGCUAACAAAAUUGUAAACCAUAAGUACAAGAAAUAUUGACCCAUGUGUUGUUCACUCCUUGAAUACACGAAACACAUAGACCUUCUGAAAAUUAAAGUGAAUCUUUCAACAUGGAUUGAUUUAGAAAACCAAACUAUGAAAGUUGAAAUGCCUCCCACCUCACAUUUUAAGUAAAUUUUGAUGAAAAUCUGAUAGUUUAUUGUGGCUUAAUGCUAUUUUCCUGAUGUUGAUGUACGUGAUGGCAGUCAUCAGAUCAUCACUCUGAACCUUGACCAUGUCUCUGAAAGAAGUCUCAGCUUGUGUUGUCUGUAUUUUACUUGUUCCAUGGUUUUUUAGGAUGUUUGUUUCAUGACUCCAAGAGGUAUUUUACAUUUAGGGUCUAUUUUUGAAACUGCUGUGUAUCGUUUUUCUUUUCCUGCUUGUGGUAUAUGUUGUAAGCAAAAGCAUGAUGGCUGCUUCAGUGUAACAGGCUGAGGAACAUUCGAGGGAGAGGAGGUAAGAACACCAUCCAUUGUUACAUGUGGCAAUAAGCAGGUACAGAUUUGUGUUGCUGAAGCUAGUAUAGUCAUGUUGGAAAGACAAUCAAGAGUUUCAUAUUUUACACAUUAUUCAGAUUACCGUAUUCGACGUAAUAAGCGCCCAGGGCGCUCUCAAAAUUAGAAAUAAGGGUCUC